UAAAUGACAGGUGGCAGGGCCAUUUCACUUUUAGUCUCGAGGUGUCGACGCAGGCGCAAUGAUCCACUGGCUAAGCACUAUUCUUCUCGGGGUGUUGAUCUCCGCACCGGGUGGCCAUGGAAACACGAUCAAGGAGCGCAAUCUGUUCGCCACCGAGCUCUUCCAAACCCUGGCCACGGAUCGUCAGGAUGAGAACGUGAUCAUAUCGCCGGUGUCCAUCCAGCUGGCCCUGGGUCUGGCCUACUACGGAGCUGAGGGCAGAACGGCCGCGGAACUGCAGAAAACGCUGCACGCCUCCGCCAAGGAGAGCAAGGAUGGCCUGGCCGAGAGCUACCACAACCUGCUCCACUCCUACAUCAAGUCCAAGACCGUGCUGGAGAUCGCCAACAAGGUGUACACCCGGGAAAACCUUAAGGUUUCGGACCACUUCCGCGAGGUGGCCCAAAGGUACUUCGACUCCGAGGUGGAGCCUCUGGACUUCAGCCGCGAAACGGAUGCUGUGGAGCGGAUCAACCGGUGGGUCAAGCAGCAGACGCAGGACAAGAUCGAGCGGGUGGUGGACAGCCUGGAGCCGGACACCAACGUGGCCCUGAUCAACGCCAUCUACUUCAAGGCCCGCUGGGCACGACCCUUCAACGACGAAGAUACCCGGGACCGGGAGUUCUGGCUGAGCGAGCGCCAAUCCGUCCAGGUGCCCACGAUGUUCGCCGACAACUGGUACUACUACGCCGACUAUCCGGAGCUGGACGCCAAGGCCAUCGAGCUGUUCUUCGAGAACAUCAACCUGACCAUGUGGUUCAUCCUGCCCAACCAGCGCUCCGGUCUGCAGGUCUUGGAGCAGAAGCUCAAGGGCGUCGACUUCAAGCUGCUCGAGGAACGCUGGCAGUGGCAGAGUGUCUCCGUCUACCUGCCCAAGUUCAAGUUCGAGUUCGACACGGACCUCCGGCCCACGCUGCACAAGAUGGGAAUCAGUGCCAUGUUCUCGGAUGCAGCCGACUUCAGCAACAUUUUCCAGGACUCGCCCAUUGGCACUCGGAUCACCAAGGUGCAGCACAAGACCUUCAUCGACGUGAACGAGAUCGGCUGCGAGGCGGCUGGCGUCAGUUAUGCUGCUGGGGUGCCCAUGUCUCUGCCCCUGGACCCGAAGACUUUUGUGGCCGAUCAUCCGUUUGUGUUCAUCAUCCGCGAUAAGCACGCCGUCUAUUUCACCGGACAUAUUGUCAAGUUUUAAUAAGCACACCAUUACACAUUCACUCAGAUUAAUCACUUUAAGCUGUAAUCAUUGCAUACACCAAUAAAUGCGGAGAGCCUCCGAAACAAUUUAGAA